AUGGUGAAGCAGAAGCACCAGCUUAUGCCUCUUUUUACAUUCUCCUGUAUACUCUUCCUCCUUUCAACAGGUUAUGUCUUGGAUGCUGCUGGGGCAGAACAAUCUCAGGCCCUCAAUCGCAAGUUUUCAUUGGAUGGUACUAUUCUUCGUAGUGAAGAAUCAGAAAAAUAUGCUGUGAUUUUCGAUGCUGGAAGCACUGGUAGCAGAGUUCAUGUAUUUCGCUUUGAUCCAAACAUGGAUCUUCUUCGCAUUGGCCAGGAUUUCGAGUUUUAUGACAAGACGACUCCAGGGUUGAGCUCCUAUGCGGAUGAUCCUCAAGCUGCUGCACUAUCUCUAAAGCCCCUAUUGCAGGAAGGCCAAGCAGUUGUUCCAGAAGAGUUGCGUCCUCAAACGCCAGUUAAACUUGGGGCAACUGCUGGUCUUAGGAUGUUGAAAAAUGGUGCCUCUGACGAAAUUCUGCAAGCGGUGAGAGAUUUAUUCAAGAAUGAAAGCUCCCUCGAAUACAAGGCAGAAUGGGUCUCCAUUCUUGAAGGAUCAGAAGAAGCUUCUGACAUGUGGAUUGCGAUAAAUUAUUUAUCGGGAAGAAUUGGUAAACCAUAUCCAGACACUAUUGCCACUGUUGACCUUGGAGGUGGAUCGGUGGAGAUGACAUAUGCUAUAUCAGAAGAAAAUGCUGCAAAUGCACCCAAAUUUUCAAAUGAUGGGGAAGCAUAUGUGCAUGAAAAGUACAUAUUGGGAACAAAAUAUCACCUCUAUGCCUACAGUUAUUUAUACUAUGGGCAAUUGGCAGCCCGAGCAGAGAUCUUCAAAGUCUCAAGAAAUUCUACCAAUCCAUGCAUUUUGGAUGGCUAUCACGGUUUCUAUACCUAUGGAGGAGAAACCUAUGAAGCAUCAUCUCCCCCAUCUGGUUCAAGCUUCAAGAAAUGCAGGCAAGUGACUCUUAAGGCCCUGAAAUUAGAUGCACCCUGCGAACAUGAAAAAUGCACAUUCAAUGGAACUUGGGGCGGCGGCGGUGGCGAGGGACAAGAGAACGUAUACCUUGCCUCAUUUUUCUUCGACAUUGCCAUAGAGGCUGGUAUCAUCAGUCCCAAUGUUCCUUCUGCUAGUGCACGUCCAAUAGAUUUCAAACGUGCAGCAAGGCUUGCUUGUGUGACCAAAUAUGAGGAUGUGAAAACCGUUUUCCCUAAUGUUUAUGAUGAAGAUUUGCCAUAUCUAUGCAUGGAUCUUGUGUAUGAGUACUCGUUGCUAGUGUAUGGAUUUGGUUUGGAUCCUUUCAAAAAGGUCACACUAGUACGACAAAUCAACUACCAAAACUCCCUGAUAGGAGCUGCUUGGCCUCUUGGUUCUGCCAUUGACGCCGUAUCAUCUCUAACUAAUUGGAGAAUGUACCAGUACUAA